AUGCCUUCGGUAUACAAUAAGGAAAAGCCCUGGGAUACAGAUGAUAUUGAUAAGUGGAAGAUUGAAGCAUUCACACCUGCUGACAAUGCAGGUGGUACCUUCACAGAAGAGUCCUCCUUCGCCACACUCUUCCCCAAAUAUCGCGAAGUAUAUCUUAAGACAGUCUGGCCGCUUAUAAUGAAAUCACUCGAGAAAUAUGGUAUUGCUGCGACACUUGAUUUGCGCGAAGGUUCUAUGACGGUCAAGACCACCCGAAAGACAUACGAUCCAGCCGCUAUUCUCAACGCACGAGAUCUUAUUAAGCUACUUGCACGAAGUGUGCCUGCGCCACAAGCGAUCAAGAUUCUUGAAGAUGGUGUAGCAUGCGAUGUUAUUAAGAUCCGUAACCUGGUUCGAAAUAAGGAACGAUUCGUGAAGAGAAGACAGAGAAUCUUAGGUCCAAAUGGAAGCACCCUGAAAGCGUUGGAACUCCUUACAGAAUGCUAUCUACUAGUUCAAGGAAAUACUGUAUCAGCAAUGGGUCCUUACAAAGGCCUAAAAGAGAUUCGACGAAUCAUCGAAGAUUGCAUGGCCAACAUUCAUCCUAUAUAUCACAUCAAGGAAUUAAUGAUCAAGCGAGAGUUGGCUAAGGAUCCAGAAUUAGCGGGCGAGAGUUGGGAUAGAUUUCUGCCACAGUUCAAGAAGAGGAAUUUGAACAAGAGAAGAGUACCCAGAAACGUUACCGACAAGAGCAAGAAGGUUUACACCCCAUUCCCACCAGCACAAGAGAAGAGCAAGGUUGAUCUACAAAUUGAGAGUGGAGAGUACUUCUUGGGCAAGCAAGCAAAGGAGAGGAAAGCUCAAGAGGAAAGGAUAGAGAAGCAGAGGGAGGAGAAGGAGGAGAAGAUGAAGAAGAGGGCCGAAGAAUUCGAGGCACCAGCUGAGGAUGGGGAGAAGAAAGAGAAGAAGAGAAAGAGAGAUAAGGAUAGUGGGGAGAAGAAGGAGAAGAAGAAAUCGAAAAAGAUGAAGAGCAGUGAUGCUGAUGGGGAUAUCGAUAUGGCCGAAGACUAAAACUAAUUUAUCAUGUGUAUCAAGGAUGGUAUAUCGAGGCGCAAUCGGGCGUUCGUGGUAAAAAGAUACCUAAUACAGUUUGCAUGUGGUAGAUAGUAUGAUCUGUCUAGGCUUUGUAGACCCGUACCAAUUCAAGUAUUUUCUACAAGCUCAUUUCUGUGGGAAUUCCCUUUGCAACUGCAGCCUCGUCCCCGAUGGCCGGACGGAUAAUGGAGAAACUUUGACAUAGGAAUUCCGUAUGCAAUAUAGAAAUAUGGACGUGUACAAGCCGAUUGCAAGCCGAUUGGCAAAAUAGGAAGAUGGAUCCGCUGACAAAGAUCACACUUCUCCAAGUUUAGCAGAUCCCCCGAACACUUACUUAA